UUUGAUUUCGUUUGAAGGAAAGAGAAUAUUUAUCCCACAAUCAUGGAGUGCAGCUUUCAUUCAAGUGAGAUCAGUCAAAAAGAUUAAUCGUUUCAAAAAUGUUGCUGCUUCAAAAAGUGUUCAUAUCAUUAUUCUUCUUAAGUGUUGUUCGUGGAUAUUGCCUAAAUUUUGAGGAUUCAACUUGUAUUUCUGAGGAUUUGGGUCCGCCUAUUUGUACGGGUUUGAAUACAACAAUGAGUCUUCUCUCACCGGUGAAAUUUGCAGUGGAUCUCCUGUCUCCAUUGUUUGGACCUUUUGGAAUUAUUGGCUCGUACGUAGGAUCUGCAUUUCAACCAUCUCUAUAUGAUUUCUCAAGCAAUCAAACGGCAGCCCUUAAUUAUAAUGUGAUAAUUAUCACUGCCACAACAAAUGAAAACAUAACUCUUUUGGACUUCAUCGCCAAGUGUCAAGUUUCAUUAUUGGUUGCAGAAUAUGUAAUAGUCGGUCAUAGUGGCUGGCAUCGAAAUUGUUACGGCAGAAACUCCUCUGAAACUCUUCUACGCAUGACAAUACCAGAGUGGCAAGAGGUUGCAAGAAUCAGGAAUGCAACUGUUGUUAUUUUCGAAUGGGGAGCCUAUGGAUUAUCUUGUUCUUCAUAUAUUGCCUUAUGUGAAUGUCAAUUGUCGGCUAUGGCCCGAUUAAUUGUCUAUGUGAUAAUUCAAUGUAAAGUCAAGGGUGAAUUUCUUACAUUUGUUGCACAUAGUUUGGGAGCUCAUAUACUCGGAUAUGCAACGUAUUAUUACCAUUUAGAAACAGGCGAAAAGGUUGCGAUUUUUAUUGGUUCCGAUCCAGCGGGACCUCUGUUUGAUUGGCAAUAUACGAUAGCCAGGAGAUGUGUAUACUACGGGUAUGCAUCAUACUCACUCAUCAUUCAUUGUGAUCCAUGGGUAUUGGGUACAAAUAAUUUCUAUACGGGCACUACCCAUGUGUUAAGUAAAUUUGUAUCUGGUUCCAUGCAACCAACAUUUUCAGAUAUAAAUCCUGGUUACAGACAUCCAUAUUGUUUAACACUUUUAAAGAAAAUACUCCUAUUGAACAUUUCUGGAUCUUUCCAUUCAAAUUGUUCCGAUGCAUUUACUUUAAAUAAUAUGGGAACGCAACAAACUCUGAGCUACUACAUGCUUCCAUGGCAGAAAGGCUAUUUUGUAACUCAAGAUUAAUAGGUUCAUCAAAAAGUAAAUAUUCAUGGUUAUCGUGAUUAUCGUAAUACUACAUUUUGGAUCCAUCGAAUUAAAAAGAUUUAAUUCAUUCGAAUGGAAGAUUUGAUUCAUUCCGAAUAACUUAUU